AUGGAUGGGGUGGUGGGAGGAGUGGGGACGCCCGGUAGCGCAGGAGGGUCCGGAGGUGACAGUCUCCCCCGACGUAACGGAGGGGACUCAAAGAGGCGCAGUAAGGGCAGCAUCCCCUCGCCAGGGUACAGGCUGUCCCAGGCGUCCCUGGAGGGGGAGAAGGCUUCUUUCGGGGGGGACGCCGCUCCCACAGGGGGGCGCGGCCGCCGCCCCUCCAUCGUCAGCUCCGGCCUCCCUUUCCGCCCGGCUGGCACGCCGACCACCCCGGUGCCCCUCGUUCCCCCUGCGCCCCGCUCGGUGGGUUUCGCCCCCUCGCGUGCCGCCCUGGCCUCCACCUCCUCGUCCACGGGGACGGGAGUGAUGGUUGUGGCCACUGGCCCGGAGACCACUACCACCACUGCGUGCAACACUACGGCGGUGGGGACACCCGAGACGUUAGGGCCGUCAGCAUUGAUGGGCGGGUUUGGCAUGGGGCUGGACGGAGAAGACUACAGCCAGUCCAACCAGAGCACUUUCAUCCAGAGGCAAUUCGGAGCCAUGCUGCAGCCGGGGGUCAACAAGUUUAGCCUGCGCAUGUUCGGAUCCCACAAGGCUGUAGCUCUGGAACAGGAACGACUCAAGUCAGCCGGAUCGUGGAUCAUACACCCCUACAGCGACUUCAGGUUCUACUGGGAUCUGCUCAUGCUGGUUCUGAUGAUGGGCAACCUGAUCGUACUGCCGGUGGGCAUCACAUUCUUCCGAGAUGAGAACACGCCAUCCUGGAUCAUUUUUAAUGUGGUGUCUGACACGCUCUUCAUGGUCGACCUGGUCCUCAACUUCCGCACGGGCAUCGUCAAGGAAGAUAGUACUGAAAUACUGCUGGACCCACGGGCCAUCCGCCAGAACUACCUGAAGAGCUGGUUCCUGGUGGACUUUGUGUCCUCCAUACCUGUGGACUACAUCUUCCUAAUGGUGGACAGUCUGGACUCGGAGGUGUACCGGACAGCCCGGGCGCUGCGCAUCGUCCGCUUUACUAAAAUCCUCAGCCUGCUGCGGCUGCUGCGCCUCUCUCGACUCAUACGCUAUAUCCACCAGUGGGAGGAGAUCUUCCACAUGACGUACGACCUGGCUAGCGCCAUGGUGAGGAUCGUCAAUCUGAUUGGGAUGAUGUUGCUUCUGUGCCACUGGGACGGCUGCCUGCAGUUCCUGGUGCCAAUGCUUCAGGACUUCCCGCCGGACUGCUGGGUCUCCAAGAACCUGAUGGUGAAUGACACGUGGGGCGUGCAGUACUCGUACGCCCUCUUCAAAGCCAUGAGCCACAUGUUGUGCAUAGGUUACGGCGCCCAGGCCCCGGAGGGCAUGACUGAUGUGUGGCUCACCAUGCUGAGUAUGAUUGUAGGCGCCACCUGCUACGCUAUGUUCAUUGGUCACGCCACCGCACUUAUUCAAUCGCUGGACUCAUCCAGGCGGCAGUACCAGGAAAAGUACAAGCAGGUGGAACAGUACAUGUCCUUCCACAAGCUUCCUGCGGACGUGCGUCAAAAGAUCCAUGAGUACUAUGAGCACCGCUUCCAAGGGAAGAUGUUUGAUGAGGACAACAUUCUGGGAGAACUCAGUGAGCCGCUUAAAGAGGAGAUCGUGAGCUUCAACUGCCGCAGCCUGGUGGCCAACAUGCCCUUGUUCGCCAACGCCGACCCCAACUUUGUGACCGCCAUGCUGACCAAACUUCGCUUCGAGGUCUUUCAGCCAGCUGAUUUCAUCAUCCGAGAGGGAACCGUGGGGAGGAAGAUGUACUUCAUCCAACACGGACGCGUCAGCGUACUCACCCGAGGCAACAAGGAGACAAAACUAAGCGACGGUUCUUAUUUUGGAGAAAUCUGUUUGUUGACUCGAGGACGGAGGACGGCCAGCGUGCGUGCAGAUACAUAUUGUCGUUUGUACUCUCUCAGUGUGGACAGCUUUAAUGAGGUGCUGGAGGAACACCCGAUGAUGCGGCGAGCCUUCGAGACCGUCGCCGUCGACCGAUUGGACCGUAUAGGCAGGAAGAACUCUAUGCUGCUAAGGAAGUCAUCUCAAGGCGGAUCACUCGGUGGCAGUAUGGGUCGUGGCGGAGGUCGAGGUGGAGGAGGUCCGGGAGCAGGCGGUGGCCUGGCAGCGGGUAGUCUGGGCUCCUGCGACAGCAUACUGGUGCAGCAGAUUGUCAAGCAUGACAGCAUGCCAGCCAUGCAGGACGCCAUCGCAGCUGCCGCCGCUGGAAGAAGCGGCGUCAUGGGAGGAAGUGGCGCAAUGUCCCCCAGGCCUCACCCGGUCAUCUGGGCACCUCUGGUACACGCCCCUCUGCAGACAGCUGCUGCCACCAGUAAUGUGGCAAUAGCCCUCAUGCACCAGCAGCAGCAUCAGCAGCAACAGCAGCAGCAGCAACAGCUCCAGCAGUUGCAGCAGCAGCAUCCACUAGGGGGCACUUUUUUCCUGCCCUCCCCUCUUAUCUCACCAUCACCCUCCUCCUCGUUUCCUCUCUCGCCUCCUCGUGCUCCUACCUUGCAACCCUUGCGCCCCUCCGUCAGCUCACUCAUUGGAAUGAUGGCAAUGAGCGGGAUGGGAGGUUUAUCCCCCAGAGCCUUCCCUUCCUCCCCUUCCAACAUGGCCCCACUCGGCGGGUUGACAUCCCCACCUGUGGCUAAAACUCCACCUGCUGCACCCUCCUCUAUGUCUGUCCCACAAGGAAGGACUCUUCAUUACGUGCGCCUCCAGGCUGAUCAUCCCUCAGUACCUGGUGGCUCUCUUGUCAUCCCAGCUGCUGGAGGAGCAUCAACUCCACCCGUACCCAAGAUGCAGACCGCCAACCCUUCUUCCACCUCUGCUGGUCCAUUAGACAGCAACACUACUGUGACUAACCAGCAAGGUGCAAAAGAAGCUCUUCUGCGCCAUGGUGGAAACAGUUGUCAUGGCCUGCCUGCAUUAGGAAGACUCACCCAGGAGGCUAGGCUGCUGUCUGCAUCACAGCCCACUCUCCCUCAUCGCUCCUGGGCUGGAUUGCAGCCUCAUCCCCCUCUCCAUCGGAAGGCCUCUGGAGGGAAUUUGCUGGCGGCUCCUUUCCUGGCAGGGCAGUUAGCUAGAGGUGGCAGUGCGGGAAUACUGACCUCCAACUCUCCGGUGCAGCCUGUCGCAAAUCUUACAUCCAAUUCACAAAUACAACCGCCUAUUCAGCCUACUAUGUACACACAGUGUGCCCCUCACACUGCCCCCUUGCCCAUCUCCUCAUCUCCACACAUACCUUCUGCAGCCUCCUCUCCAAAGCAAACACCAUCUGCCACUCCUUCACCUGUGCCCACUCCCUCAUCCCCAACACCCUUGCCCUUGCAGACACCCCGCCCAAAACCAACCCUAAUCGCACCUUCCCGCUCAUCCUCGCCGCCUCCCUGCUCGACACCUCCCUCGACAGGAAGCACCCCACUAUCUCUCACCCCAGGUCCACGCCCCAAACCAAUUGCCACACCUUCACCCCACUCUUCAUCUCCCACACCUUCCUCCACCCCUCCUGCAUCAUCUGUUUCAACUGCUGUUCCACUCCUUCAAGCAUUUGGACACAAGUCAUCUCUGAGUUCCUCACCCCCAUCGCCUGUGGUUGCUAUAUCCACGACAACCUCCCAAGGUGCCAGGGUCAAAGCAUCCAAUACGCUGCCCACUGCUUCGCCGUUGUCUGGUCCUGGCCCAGCUCCAACCCCAAUCACCUCUCCAACUCUCACACAGGUGGCCCGCCUGCAUGCAUCAACCACUUCUCAAACACCGACUCAAACACUAACACCUGUUUUCUCCCAAACUCCUUCCCAGACACUCGCCCCACCUUCGCCACCUACAUCCAACCCAUCCCUAAGUAAAUCCCCAAGUCCAACCUCCUGUCUGCAGCCGUCCAUCUUUAGUUCCACCAGGACCACAUCCUCCAGCCAGAUUCCAAAAUCUGUGUCAUCUCUGACAUCAAACGCUGCACCAGCGAGCACAAGUUCCCCCACCAAAGUUCGGUUCACAGUUCACCCCGUAAAGCAAACUCUUCCGGUGUUGACCCCUAGCACCACAUCAGGUUUGAAUCAUCCUUCAAAGUCAAGCCCAGUCUCGACAAAGCCCCCCACUCAAGCCACUACAUCUUCGAGUGACACUGCUGCAUCCACUUACCCCCCGAAACAAAAUGCAGUCACCACAGCGGCACCAAGUUACCCCUCCAAACUCAUUUCACCCUCGCAGCCUUCCACCGUCCUAUCAACACAUGCCAACACCCCAGCUAACAACACCUCUCCGAAAAAAGGCAAAAAUGACCCCCAGCUGCCAGUGGCCAGAAAAGAUUCAGAGGGGCUGAGACACAAACUGCCUGCCAACAUGUAAAACAAGAAAGAAGAGGAAGUAGCUCUUGCUAGCUGGCCGAACACUGACAUACAGACAGAUAUCCAGUUUGAUGUGGACCGCUUCAUGGUGUUUGCAUUCAUGCUAGGAUGUGAUCGUCUUAGAACAUCACGUGCUUGUGUGACUCAACCAGACCACCCAUCAAGAAGACAUGCAAUAUGUGUACAAUACGUUGGUCAGUGAAUGUCAAGCGAGCUCGGGGCAGGGAUGUAGAUCCAAAAAGCUGAAAUUUCCAUUCCCUGAUGGAUGAAAACAGCAAUAUGUGUGAGAUGGCUCCAAACACUGUGCAUAAGUGUUGGGACACCUCUAGGUUGGAUUUUUCAGUGACUGCUUUCAAACGGGUCAUCGUACAACAGCAGCUUUCUAUUGUUGUUCAAGUUUAAGUGUAACAUACGAUGGGAAAUUUUGAAUGUAAACAAAAUCAUGGCUAACAAUGCAAUAAUUUGACUAAUUCACUAUUAGCUGUUUAGAUUUGAGCAAAUAACUACCCUGGAUUUGUUACAGAGCAUAGCAUGGUGAAAUAGAGGUUCACGUGCCUGCUUCGCAGAUUUGAGGUUUGAAUUUCGAAUCUAGCCUCCAGCCUCCCUGUGUGGCAUUUACAUGUUUUCGUUAUGCUGUUUUUCCCUUUGUCCGGGUACUCCAGAUACCCAAAAACACGAAUGUUAGGUUAAUUGAACAUUCAAAAUCGUCCAUGUGAGUAGUUGUUUGCAUCCCGAGUGAUUGGCUGAUAUUCAUUCCAGAGCAUACGCCUCCUCUUGCAGCUCACCUGAGACCCUAAUGAGGACAAGAGCUAUAGAAAAUAGAUGGAUGCAGACAUUUGUGAUAAAGAAGUAGAGCGACUUUAAUUAACAACGUCGUUUUUAUUCUGCCCUGGCACUGACAAUCCUUGUUACUUUAUGUGCUAAGACAUUAUACAAGCUCUAAACUAACAAAUCUAACGAUGCCCCAAGACUUAUGCACAGCACCGUAUGUCACAGGAACUGUGAGUAUAUGAUGGAGUUUUUUUCUAUUGUGGUGCGAGUCACAUGCAUAUGCAUACAGGCAAUAGACACUGCUUCCACUUGCUUCGCAUCUUCACCAAAGUGUAAUGAUACGAAUGAGCAUAUUUGUAGACGUGAAUAACUACGAGCAGUACACAAACAGUAGUUUGGUUUUGUCACAGGUGUGUGUGUGUGUUUACUCCCCCCCACCAUGCAGCAAACUUUAAAACUUCCCUUCGGACAACUUGUGUGAAUUGUAGUUUUUCGAAACUGUAUUGCUCACUGCUCUGCUGUGCACUCUUGCUCACUUUAGUUUGGCUGGUUGUAAAUAGUGCCUCCUAGUCCGCCUUUCCCUCCCUGGCUUUCAUCUCUGUCUGUGCUUUCAUGUGACUUCACAGCUCUGCACGCAAACGCUUCCUUUUGACGCCUCUCUCGGUUUCCUUAACACUCCAUCAGCCUCUUGCUCACAUGGCUGCGUCCUCCUUGUGUUGCUGUGUCUCUUUCCCUUUGUUUUCACACGUUUGGUGUUCUGUGUGGGUAGCAACAAGGAUACCAUGAUGCCUAGACUAUAUCUAUAAUUAAGGACCAAAUGUUUUAUUUUCUAUUUAUCACAGCUUUAGCUUUUGAAUGGAGUAAAAAGAAAAACAAAAACGAAAGAGCAAUUCAUUUCAGAGUGGCGGAAGGUGCAGAUGACAGUUGAUUGUCAUGAUAAUGAUGUUGUAUGUGUGACUA